GCGAUUCCAGAGGCGGCGGCGGCGACGGCGGCGGGACUCUAGAGACUUCCUUCCGAGUUCAUCUUCCUCCUCCGUCCCCUUGAGCCUUUCGCCCUUGUCGUUGCGCACCACAGGCAACUCGACCGCUCGCGGUGAAUCGAAGCAUGGAAGGAGGGGGUAGCAACGCGCCCUUCUACCGCGGCAGCACCGCCGCCCUCGCCACCAACCCUUCUGCUGCGAAUGGGGCACAAAAAGGGGAUAGGGAGGCUGCCAUCAAUGCCGAGAUAGCGAGGGUUAACAACCUACCAGCUCGAAGUUCCUACGCGAUACACCGCAUGAAAGUGCUAAACAAACUUCGCCAUCUGAUGUCCAUCAAGAGGACUACGUCUCAAGAUGAGGAGCUAGAACUUCUUUUUGCAAGCCUUUCGAUCUAAAGUGUAUCCUUGAUAAGCCAGUAUUUUAACCCUGCUAAGUGCAAAAUUAUUUUCAAGUAUUUACUUGCAAGUGAUUGUAUGUGCAGGGGAGCCCACUAUUCUUACAUCUCCAGUAUUCUGUCGUUAGCUCCCAUUAGAUGCUUCCUAUAGUGUUAAAGUGCAAGGAGAUCCCGUUACUUCUCUGUAUCAUAAGUUGUUGGGAAACUUUGUGUGAGGAUGUGGAAGGGUGAUAACUGAUAACCUUACUAUUGUGUUGUACGCGAAUGGACCGUUGUAACCAUAAGUGAACUUGCUGUCUCGGACAAGAAUCAUUAGCUAAAUCUUGGAUUUCAUACUCUUUUAUUAGAUAUAGAGAAGUGCUGAAUCUAA